AUGUCGAGCAAUGCAAAUGCAAAACAGGAAGAUCUUUGCGGUAAAGAUAUUGCUGUUUUCUCAAAGUACAAAGGUGUCUGUCGGCCUGCAGCCCUGAUGUUUUCUCCUCCCGACCUGCCUCAAUAAUGCAAACUAGCAGCAGUGGAAUUUAUUCUCCUGAGACCGUAAUCUUCAUUUACCUGCUACCAAGGUACUCUACCUGACUAUAUUUAGAUUUCUUUUGAAUGUUAUCUCAAGAGUCUAGAGCAGAUUAUACUAUAUCAUCAUCUCUUUUUAUCUUCACAAAGGCUGUGGGAGGGAGAGGUAGUGGUUUGCCAAAAUCCAUGCAAAUCAGCUGCAUCUCCCAUGUCCAGACUAGCCAGGGCACCACAAUGUCUCUGCAGGGCAAUUAGUGAAUUCCCAUCUCUGGUUUCUGUCCCUCUCUUUGGACUUUCUCUGUAGAAGCUGGAUGCAUUCAAACAAUCUCCCCCUCCAUUGAUCUUGCAUUAGGAACAGCUAUUUUCAUUUAAACAGCUGCGGGGAGUCUGGAACACUGACCUAAAAGGAAGUCAAAUUUAUUUGAGGCUGAUUUUGUUCUCAUGCUUUAUUGUCCCAUUGAACAUUAAGUGGAAGGGAUACAUGCAGGCAUGCAUGCACGGACACACACAUUCUGCCAUUGGGAUAAGUAAUGCAAAUGAAUUAUAUAAACAAUUUUUCAUACAUAGAAUAAUUUAUCAUUUCCCCAAGAUCUAGGUUUUCAAAUAAUUUAGGCCGGUUGGAAGGAAAUAAGGUAGGCAAAAUUACACCACAGGGUCUGAAAACAAAGAGAAUGCAGAAAAGGCAAGGACCUAUGAGAAGGAGAGGGCUUUUUCUGUGGCAGCUCCUAAACUGUGGAACCUCCACUCCACAAAGAUGCAUCUAGCACUUUUGUUACCCACUUUCCACUGUGUGCUUUCUAACCUGACCUUUGACAGUCAAGGUAUUAUUGGGCGACCCAUCUCUUCUGUUUUGCUUAGCUUAUACUGUGCUGCAUUUGUUUUGAAUUGCUUUACUUGUUUUUAAUUUUAUGAUUAUAAAACCCAUCUUAUGGUGAAAUAAGAAAUCUAAUAAAUAAAUAUGAGACCACCAACAGGAAGGUGCCAUAUACUGAAAGAGACCAUUGUCCCUCUAACUCAGUGUAUUGUCCACACUGGCAGUGGCUAUCUAGGGUUUUAGGCAGGGUACUUUCCUUCCUGGAGAUGCCUGGGAUUGUACCUGGAACCCCCUGCAUGCACAGUGAAUACUCUCUUACCACUGAGCCACAGCACUUCCCCUUAAGCUGCAGCCUUUCCACCGAGCCUAUAGGGCAGGCAUGGCCAAACUUGGCCCUCCAGCUGCUUUGGGACUACAACUCCCAUCAUCCCUAGCUAACAGGACCAGUGGUCAGGGAUGAUGGGAAUUGUAGUCCUAAAGCAGCUGGAGGGCCAAGGUUGGCCAUGCCUGCUCUAGGGCUUACCAAUCAAGGUUGGCAGUUCGAAACCCUGUGAUGAGGUGAGCUCCCUUUGCUCCGUCCCAGCUCCUGCCAACCUAGCAGUUCGAAAGCAUGCUAGUGCAAGUAGAUAAAUAGGUACCACUGUGGAGGGAAGGUAAACGGCAUUUCCAUGUGCUCUGGCUUCCAUCACGAUGUUCCAUUGUGCCAGAAAUGGUUUAGUUAUGCUGGCCACAUGAUGCAGAAAGCUGUCUGCAGACAAACACCGACUGAAAGCAAGAUGAGCGCCGCAACUCCAUAGUUGCCUUUGGCUGCACUUAACCGUCCAGGGGUCCUUUACCUUUACACUUCCAGAUCACCUGAAAUCCCCUUCACCUCCCUUGUUGUAAACUCCGUGAUAAUUUUGCAUACAGUUAGAACAAUCUCCCCACCCCCCACCUCCCAUGUAGAUCUUUUUUUCCAGUGGCAUAUUCUUCUACAGAGGAAAAGCACGACACUGGAAUCCAUUGCACUUCUUAAUGAAGACAGAUGGUUUACCUGGCAGCUCCCCUUCGUGCCUUCUGUCUCAGGGCAAGCAGAUUGAAAGGGAGGAGGGGCAGAACCAGGGGGUCACAUGGAACCCACAGUCGGACCGAAGAUCCACAGAGGAUGGCGCCCUGGAGGAGCAAAAAUAAAAUAAAGAGAAGAAAAAAGAACUUACCAAAAAUAAAGGUAACCAUGAACCAUUGUUCUGACACAGGCAGCCUCAGACUAUUCUCACAUGCUUCUUCUUUUCAAGCAACCUGUCUGCUUUCAAGAGCAGGCAAUCUGCUCUUCUCUCUGUGUGUAGGAGGAGGAAGCAUGCUUCGAAACCGUCUAAAUGCAGCUGCUUCUUAUAUAAAACUCAAAACAUGCAGUUUAAAGACUUUGACGAAAGUGACAACGUAAGUGGAGCAGCAGCUGUUCCCGAGAGAGGGGGAAGUGAACCCCAAAAUGUCCCAGUUGACCAACUGCCAGGGGACCCUUGUUCCUUUAGCUGCCAUAAAAAAUGUGAAAUUCUCCUGCCUUUUCCCCACUUAGUUUGCAUUUGCUGGGCCCUGGGGUCAUAUGGAAACCUACGCCUGGAAAGUGGAGCUGGAGACAGAUGCAGAGCAUAGUUUCAAGAAGGUGGAGACCCUCUGAAGCAGAAUCAGUUCUACUCAGUUGAUUAGGCAUUAGCAUCAGGCCUGGCCCAUCCAGCAAUUGCACCCUACUGAAUUCCCUUCUGUGCCUGAAGAGGACCCUCAGGCCUGACCAGUUCUGCAAGUUUCCAACUCCAGGAAUGAAUCUUCAUGCUAGACAGUGAGUAAAACUACUGUUAUUUUCAGGGCAUGACUUGAACAUCUUCAGCUGCCAUGGCUUUGCUCAGGGAGUCUGUCAGAGUCUUAAUCUGAGGCAGGCUGGUUUUUAUUGGGGGGGGGGGCGGGUUGUUGGCUGAAACACUGAGGUCAGACUCAAAAGGCUAAAAGGUUUCUCAGGAAGUCAGAGACACACAGGUGUCCCUCCUCACAAAAAGCAUAAAGUGCACCUCCAGAAUGAAAGAGUCACACCUCUGUCCUGUGCAUGGGCCUCCCCCAUAGGCAUCAAGUUGUUCACUAUGCGAAGAGCAGGCUGGACUACAUAGGUAUUUAGCAGAACUCUUCUUAGGACACCUUUGCAUAAGAUUUGCUUUUGCUGAUUUAUAAGAGCAGAUAGGGAACAAGACUGUGACCAAGUCUCAGCUAGAUUGGUAAAGAAAAAGUGUUUUAUAUGUGUUGUAUGUGCGAUAUAACACUUUUGACACCAGAUGGCGCUGUGGAGCCCCAUCUUUCCCUACCGGAUUUCCCUAUAUGAGUUAGCAACGUUUAACUGAAUCGCUCCUUUGACGUGUCUAGAUCCAGCCCUGGUGAUCUGUGCGCCUGCUUAGUCUGCUGUCCAGGUGCUAAUUAAAUGGGAAACUCCUGCUCUCCCUUCUUAGGGCUUUUUAAUCUUUAAACUGGGCAGCCUUCAAAUUUCUAUUUCUUCAAAAUAGUAUUACGUAGUAGGACCAGGAGGCGGGGGGCGGCUGCUGCCUUUCUGCAUAUCACUGAAUCUAUUAUUCAGGUUGAGAACUUCCAAGAUGCUGAAGCAGGUGUAUUCCUAAUCCUUUGCUCUGGAUAACAACCUUCCCACGGGGACUUUCUUCAAGGGCAUCGCUCUCUUAGACCUCAGCAGCUUGCCUGCUUUGAUUCUCCUCUAUACAUUCAACGAUCACUCUUCCCAGCCAGCAUUCUCUGUUACCUGUUCCGAGUGCUUCAGAGGGAAGAAAGUCUCACUUAUCUCACACUCAACAAGAGAGCAUGAAUAGCAUCUGGAAAGGCAGCCAGAUAGGUAGGUAGAAUGAGAGCAUAAGAUGAGCCUGCUGGAUCAGGCCAAUGGCCCAUCUAGUCCAGCAUCCUGUUUUCACAGUGGCCAACCAGAUGCCUGUGGGAAUUACUAAUAGCUUCCUCUUACAUUUCCCCCGUGGUGGCUUGUACCUGCACAACUGGCAGGGUGGAAAGUGGAGAUGGGUGGGUAGUCAAAGCCAGAACCAGUAAUGGGCAGAGCCACUGCCUGUCUGCUUGUAAGAAGGCAGGCAGGUGGGGACUAACUGGGAGCUUUUUGAGAUGGGUGGGGCAAUGCCCAGUUCACCCUAAUGAACGAGCCUCCACUGCCAUUUCCUAUGCUCAUUCAUGUGCUUAAUCUCCACAGUACACGGUCCUGA